AUGAAACAAAACGAUGCCAAAGCAUGUUCUGAUUGUAAUUCAACGAAUGCCAUUUGUGAAACACUAUCAGGUUAUGUGAAAUGCUCCUGCAAAGAUGGGUUUGUAGGAGAUGGCCUUAACUGCACAAGACUUGUGUUCUGUGACAGUGCAACUUGCUGCCCACAAGGAUAUACCUGGGAUAUUCAAACAAAAACAUGUAAAGACAUUAAUGAAUGUGCAAGCACCUCACCUUUAGUGAAUAAGUGUGUUCCUACCACCAAUUGUGUUAAUUUGAUUGGCAUUUUCUCUUGCACUAAUGCAGCAAGUCCUCUAUGUUCAUGCACCUCAUCAACAGACUGUAUGAAUAUUCAAGGCAAUGUGCAGUGUGCUGAUCCUUGCAUACAUUAUGAAGAGUUAGAUGGAAGCAGUAGAUUAUAUACCAUCGAUUCCAAUGGGAGAUUCUCUACUGAUCGAUACUAUUUUGGAUGGUUCCGUUACAAAAACAAUUUGCAAAUGAAACAAGGAUGUGUUGGUCCCUUAAAAUGUGGCUCCCGUCAGCCACUCUCUCUCUGGGCUGAUCCUCCUGCUGUUGGAGAAGGAAUAAAGAAGAUUCCCCUCUUAGUCAACUCUUUAUCAGGCUGUACAAAAGGAGCAAAUAUUAGUGUGAAAGCUUGUCCUGGUGAAUAUUACGUCUACAAAUAUACAGGACUGCUUUCAUAUGAUGUCUACUGUACAGAGAAUCCUCCCACUACUACAACAACCACCACCACAACUACACCAGCUACAACUACCACCACCACAACUAUAUCCCCUACCACAGCCACUGAACUUAUUACACCAAAUACAACAACCACCACAGAUAUACGCCCUAUCAACACUACAGCAGCCACCACUGAUAUACCCCCUAUAAACACUACAGCAGCCACCACAGAUGUUCCCCGCACAAGCACUAAAUCAGCCACCAGUGAUAUACCCCUUAUAAACACUACAGCAGCCACCACAGAUAUACCUCCUACAAACACUACAGCAGCCACCACUGAUAUACCCCCUAUAAACACUACAGCAGCCACUACUGAUAUACCCCCUACAAACACUACAGCAGCUACCACUGACAUACCCCCUAUAAACACUACAGCAGCCACCACAGAUAUACCCCCUACAAACACUACAGCAGCCACCACUGACACUACUGAUAUACCUCCUAUAAACACUACAGCAGCUACCACUGACAUACCCCCUAUAAACACUACAUCAGCCACCACAGAUAUACCCCCUACAAACACUACAGCAGCCACCACUGAUAUACCCCCUCUAAACACUACAGCAGCAACCACUGAUAUACCCCCUAUAAACACUACAGCAGCCACCACAGAUAUUCCCAACACAAGCACUACAGCAGCCACCACUGAUAUGCCCACUAUAAACAUUACAGCAUCCACAACAGAUAUAUCUCAUGGCAACAGCUCAGCAACCAAUACAUCAACGACAACCGAUCAUCCUGCUACAACAAAUUCUCUAUGCUCUAAUACUUCUGUGACCCCUGUUGUAAUUCCAACAUCAACAGUGGAAUCAGUUGAUAACAUUACUGUCACUCAUGUCCAGAGCAGAACUAAACAAACUGUACGACUCCUGGCACAAACUGUAAAUGGUAAAAAAGUACAUACCUUUGAAGUCAACACAACAAUUGCUGUCAGUAUUGAGAUGAAGACCAUUACGCCUUCUAAAAUCUUCAUCAAAACCAGUGAAUCAGUUACUCCUCAAUACCUACUAGUCUAUGUUACAGGUGAGAACUCUGACUCAGGUACUGAGCAACCAGGCAGUGUAGUGAACACAAGUGAAACCACAAUGCCUAACACAGAACCUUUUCAGCCAGAUUCGUAUUGCAGCCAACCAGCUCAGGCAAAUACCAUCACAGAGUCAUCAUCAGUUGCUGGAAAUACCUGUUCUGAAGUUACCUCUGCCACUGCUGUCACCACCAUAACCACUACAGAGGAAGUGAUUGUUGCGGGUCCAAAUGGAUUUUCCUCUAAAUGCACUAAAUAUUAA